UUCCACAGUUCUAUCUAGUCUGUCCACAUUAUUUUUCUGCAAAUACGGUCUUCCCUAAUUAUUCUGUGUCUCUUGAGGUGGCCCAGGGCACUUUUCACAAUGAAUCCUCCUUGUGGAAGAUGCAAGAAACCAGUUUAUCCAACAGAGAAAAUCAACUGCCUCGAUAAGUUUUGGCACAAGGGAUGCUUCAGCUGUGAAGUGUGCAAGAUGGCCCUGAGCAUGAGCAACUACAAGGGCUUUGAGAAAAAACCCUAUUGUUCAAUGCAUUACCCAAAAACCUCCUUCACCAUAGUGACGGACACCCCUGAAAAUAAGCGCCUCAAACAACAGACGAUGCUCAACAGCCAGGCGCUUUAUAAAGAGGAGUUUGAAAAGACCAAAGGCAAAGGCUUCAGCGUUGUGGCAGAUACUCCAGAGAUGCAAAGGGUGAAGAAAACACAGGAUCAAAUCAGUCAUGCGCUCUACAAAGAGGACUUUGAAAAGAACAAGGGCAAAGGCUUCAGUGUGGUGACUGACACUCCAGAGAUGCAGAGGCUAAAGAAGACUCAGGACCAAAUCAGUAAUAUUAAGUACCACGAGGAGUUUGAGAAGAGCAAGAUACGAAGUGAUGCCCCACCACCUGAAAAUAGAAGAGAAGAUGAACAACCAAAUGAUCCGAGAUUGAUCCAACCAGCUGUGCAGCCUCGUCCUUUGGCACCACCUGCUGGAGGGCCUCGUUACCAGGCCCUGUACAGUUACACAGCAGCAGAGGCAGAUGAAGUGUCACUGCAGGAGGGAGAUCUGAUCCUAAAUGUGGAGACCAUCGACGCAGGAUGGGUGUUUGGGUUUAACCAGCGCACGGGGCAAAGAGGAAUGCUCCCUGCCAACUACAUCAGGCCCAUUUGAAACUGUAGGCCCAUGGAGUCAACUAAAGGGUUAAUUCAGAGUAUUGGCUAUUACCACUGCAUCAUGUUUAAGAGUUUAUCAUUUCUCGCUCAAGUUAUUUUACUGCAAUUUUUUUUUAUUCUGUCAGUAAUGGCCUAUUUGAAGCUGUAUGUUGGGAAUUUAAAGGACCGAUAUUGCACUAUUUUCUCAUCUAUGUCAUGUUUUUUCCUCUUCAAAAACAUACUUCGAGUUGUGUUAUUGUGGACUUGCCAGUUUACUGAACAAAAGGUAAAAAGGAGCAACAGUAUUUUGAGCUUUGGAGAUGUGAAUAGACUAAUGAUAAAGGGUUACUCAAACUUGUGUGAAUGAAACAAAACACAACUUCAGAUAUGUUUUUAAUGAGGUAACAACAUUUUAACAUGGCUUAAAGCUCAGAGUCAGUUUCAUGUUAUUUUUCAAACUUUUUGUUUUACUUAAAAUUAUGGGUACUGUUCUGUCAAUAAUGGCCAGAGAUGAGGACUUGGAUUUUUAGGACUUGAGACUUGACUUGAUAAAUAGACAAAGACUUGGGACUCGACUUGGACUUGAAGGUCAAUGACUUGGGGACUUGACUCGGACUUGAGGCCUGUGACUUGAGAAGACUCGAUACUUAGACUAGUUGAUAAAUGAAGUGUUUUUAAGCACUCUUAAAUCUUAACUCUUUUUGUUCUGACCAUAAUAAUUUGCACUCUUGUCAAGACAUUUAAAGGAAAAAUUUGCAUUUCUGCUACUCUUAGAUAAAUACUAUGUAUAAAUAUACCAUGACUUUUAAAGUACAAUUUAGUUUAAAAUUCAUAUAAAUUUGCAAAAAUCUAAGCUAUAUUUGGAAUUUUGGUUUAAAGACUUGAAAUGACUUGAAUCUCAAAGCAGACGACUUGGACUUGAACUGGACGUAUGGGCCAGUAACUCGAGACUCGAUCUGGACUUGCCUGUAUUUGACUUGGGACUUGACUCACUUGCAAAAGAGGUCAGAGACUUGAGACUUACUUGAGACUUGCAAAACAAAGACUUGGUCCCACCUCUGGUAAUGGCCCAUCUGAAACUGUAAAUCUUCGGUAAAUUUAAGCUUUAUUUUUAUUAUGUGUAAAUCAGCUGAUAGGCCUGCCACAGCAUGUUGUCUUUGUCUGUUCAAAUGUCUCACACAUCUGUUUUAAAACUAUUCUUUCAGUUGUGCUUCAUGAAAGGGAGGAAGUGAAAAACCAAGAUGCAAAUUUAAUAUUAGCUGGUGGUGAUAGGAAAUGCACGUGUAAAAUAGCACUAGUGAAUGGCUUGUCCUGUUCACUUUGUACUGUCCCUCAAAUGCCAAAUUAUGUAAGAAUAAAAGUAAAAAGAUUUAUAAA